UCUAUACCUUGGGGAAACUUCACCCCGGGUUGUAGUUAAUCAUUCCUUGUCCCACAAGCCACGACACAUCCACACUGGCAGACAGCAGCAACCUGCACUUCAUUGCUAUAAAAACGCAUCCAUUCAAGAGGACCAGCCAUGUUAUGUGGGGUAUCCUUCAUUGUGCUCCUGGCUCUAUUGGGUUUGGUGGACCCCCGUCCAGACCUACCAGCGGACAAGGACUUGUUCUGGGGAGCGGACCAGUAUGACUUUGCUGUCGUGCUGCGUGCCUCCGGACUGGAGUGCUUCUGGCACUUUGCGCACCAAGGGGAGCGCUUCUACUUGACUUUUAUGGUCCAGUGGGUGACUGGUGUCGGCAACGACAGACACUUAUCCGUCACUGUCAACUCUCCUAAAGGCUUGCUGUUGUCCAAAAUUGACGAAGCUACGGGUCAAAUCAACUUUGUAGCUGAGGAGACCGGUUUCUAUCAAAUGUGCUUCAGCAACUUCCACAACCGAUUUGGCAGCAUGCAGGUCUUCCUCAACUUUGGGGUGUACUACGACGGUUCUGAUGACCAACGGAAACAGAAGGAGGAGAAGAAGAAAGUCCAAAAAGACCUGAACAACACUCUGUCCACCAUAGAGGAGACUUCCCAUCGUGUGGAGGGCUACGUCUUCCACAUGUUUCGACAUUACAACUUUGGCCGCAUGCGGAAAGGCGCCGACUACUACCUCCUCCUCUCCAACUCUAAAUACAUCACCUGGUGGUCUGCGGUCCAGAGUGUGGUCAUCGUCAUGGCGGGCUACCUGCAACUCUUCUUCCUCAAGAGGCUCUUCAACACCAAGCCCACUACAGAAGCACCAGAGAGAACUCGCUGCUGAGUCCCUGGGUGCUUUUAGUAUUCAGUGCCCUCAUGUGCCCUGGUUGGGAUGAAUUCCAUUUGAAUUCAGUCAACCAGUAACGACGCCGUCAACAAUUUAAGGCCGGGAUUCAUUCCGAUCGCCCCUUUUCGGCUAUGCACCUUUUAAAGGCAAUAUUGUUGCAUUUGUGGAGACUGCAUUCACGGUAAAUGCUGCAUAUGUUGGCUCAAUCUCCAAUGACCUUUGAAUUUCACGUGCGCUGUUACACGGAUCUACCACUGAUCGGAUACAAUCGCAGCCUUAAAUUCCAUUACAUUGAUUGAAUUAAAAUCAAAUUGACCCCGACCCUGUUGUUAAUGUAAGUGUUACUAAUGGGAUCUGCUCCCUACGUGUCUAUGUUGGAAUUGAUUAAAGUCGCACACCUUUUGACAAAUGUUGUCAUUCCAGUGCA